AUCAUUUAUAACCCAAAUCUCUCCAUUCCUACCUAUACAAAACAAAGACAUAUAGAGAAUUGUAGAUCCUCAUUGUAAAGCAAGCCGUGGUGAUCAAUGGCUAAUCUUUUCCGUCAAAAGAUUGUGCCUUCCUCUGAUUGGACUCAUGACGACAAGGCCAGUUUUCUCUUGGUUGAUCUUCCUGGUUUUAAAAAGGAGGAGUUGAGGCUUGAGCUUGCUUCAACUGGCCAUAUAAUCAUCAGUGGAGAAAGAAGAGUUGAUGAGAACAAAUCCGUAUACUUCGAGGAAUCCUUUGAAGUGCCUGAAAAUUCAGACACGAAUAAAAUCAAUGCAAAAUUCGAUGGUGAUUUUCUUCAUGUAACUCUCCCCAAGCUAUCGGUUGCUGAACAAGACAAACAGCAGGAGCUCAGCCAUGGAAAUUAUGCUGCCAAUGGCUUAGGAGAAACGACUGUUCAAAAACAAACCAACAUUGACCAUCCUGAAAAUCAAAGUAAACGUGAAGAUGAUCAGGAGGAGCGACAACCCAAAGGAGAGGCGAUCGGUAAGGAAGCUUGCCAAGUUGCGAGCUUUCCCAAAGAGACGUUGAAGAAAUGGGAAGAAGAUGAGAGUCCAUUAGAGAUGGCAAUGAACUUUCUUAAGAAAAAUAAAGGGGCCGUUGUUUCCGUCAUUAUUGCUUUUUCGGUUGGGGUUUUCAUUUGUCGAACAUUUGAUUAAAUUGAAUGUGUAUGUAUGCACACUUGCAUCCCACAUUUAUGAAGAAUAAAACAAAAGAUGAAUUUCUAUUGGAAAAGAA